AUGGCUCCUCAACUUCACCAGCGUCCCCCUUUCCGCACAGAGCACUUGGGCUCUCUCUUGCGUCCAGAUCAACUUUUGAAAGCCAAGCUCGCUUUUGAAGCUGGCAAGAUUCCCGAGUCACAACUGACCGCUUCCGAGGACAAGGAGAUUGAGGCCAUCGUGGAGACCCAGCAGAAACUUGGCUAUGCCGCUCUGUCCGACGGCGAGUACCGUCGUCACAUGUUCUGGGGUACUUUCUUCGCCGGUUUGGACGGCUUCGAGGAGGUCAACGAUGUCGAUGUGGAUGACUUCCGUCCCUAUGCCCCCGACAUCGCCGCAUUUUUAGAGGCCGGUCACAAGCCCGGUGAGAGCGUCAUCUGUACUGGCAGGAUCAAUCACGUCGGUAGCACCUACCUCGACCAGUUCAAGUUCGUCGCCCGCCAGGUCCCUGCCAACGAGGUUGGAAAUCUGAAGAUCACUCUUGCCGCGCCUAACUGGUAUCACCUGCGCUAUCGUGAGGGCAAGGCUUAUCCAAAGUCCGUAUACAUCAACGACGAAGAGUACUUCGGCGACAUCGCCAAGGCCUAUCAAGCCGAGCUUCAGAUCCUGUAUAACGCCGGCUGCCACUUCUGCUCCGAUAAGUUCCUCACUGGCUUCAAGGAGGACCCUCUGAACGUGUACUCCGCCGAUACCAUGUUUGAGAAGUACAUCAAGCAGUACAAUGACUGCUUCACGAACCUCCCUGCCGAUAUGCACGUCGGUGUCCACCUGUGCCGCGGUAACUUUGUUGGCAGCCGACACUUCUCUGAAGGUGGCUAUGAUCGUAUUGCCAUCAAGCUCUUCCAGGAGCUGAACGUCCACACUUACUAUCUCGAGUACGACUCCCCCCGCGGCGGUGGUUUUGAGCCCCUGAAGUUUCUGCCCACCAACAAGAACGUCAUUCUGGGUGUGGUCACUAGCAAGUUCGCCAUGCUUGAAGAUAAGGAGGAGAUGAAAAUACGGGUUAUAAAUGCUGCUCAGUUCAUCGCUGAGGGUAACAACAUCUCCCUCGAUGCUGCACUUAACCAGGUCGGUGUUAGCCCGCAGUGUGGUUUCGCUUCCCACCGUGAGGGGAAUGCUAUUGACUGGGACGGUAUGAUCAACAAAUUGCAGCUGGUCCGUGAUAUUGCCAAUGAUAUCUGGCCCAAUCAGGCUUAA